AUGGAAGUACUUGGGUUCACAACAGAGACUACUCUUUCUCAGACUACUUCAACCCUAUCAGAAACUCCUCAUGUGGCGGCCAAGCAAGAGUGCAUGAUGGUGUUGGAGGAGGCGGAGGAGAAGCAGCAGGAAGAAGGUGGAGAGCAACCCAAGUUCAACGAGGAGUUAUUGGACCUCAGCCUGUCCAACAAGGAUGCAAGGGAGAAGUCCCCGUCGUUGAGCACGAGCACGCCAGUGCUCGAGCUCAACCUCAUCGAGUCUUUGGGUGGUGCGGAGCCAAGCGCUGCCUCGGGGGCGCUACCUCAUCGGGGGUCGCCGGAGUCGGAGCCCCGCGUGUUCUCCUGCAACUACUGUCGCCGCAAGUUCUACAGUUCGCAGGCGCUCGGCGGGCACCAGAACGCGCACAAGCGCGAGCGAUCCCUCACCAAGAACGGCGCCCGCCCUGGCGCUCGCCUCGGCGACCACACCAGCCACAGGUUUCCGCCCAGCAUGGCAGCGCUGCCACUGCACGGCAUGUAUGGCGGGAGGCCUUUGGGAAUCCAGGUGCACUCGAUGAUACACAAGCCCUGCUAUGGCUCUUCUCUGAACGAGCGGCAACCUGGAGUAGGGAGGCUGAUGGCCAGGGAGGACUUCUGUGCAAGGACGUCGGCUCUGGCGGCGAGGUUUGAUGAGCCCCAGGCGGUGAUCGGAGGCCACCGGUGGAUUGACGCCGGAGACCAAGUCACAGUAGGGAAGAAGGAGGUGCAGAAGCUUGACUUGACCUUAAAGCUCUAA